GGAAACCGAGCACACAAGGGGACUGACUCAGGAGGCAAGAAGAUGGGUAUCCUCAGCGUAGACCUGCUGAUCACACUCCAAAUUCUGCCAGUCUUUUUCUCCAACUGCCUCUUCCUGGCGCUCUAUGACUCGGUCAUUCUGCUCAAGCACGUGGUGCUGCUCUUGAGCUGCUCCAAGGCCGCUCGCAGGGAGUCGCGUCGCAUGCUGACCUCAGAGGGACUGCGGUGCGUCUGGAAGAGCUUCCUUCUGGAUGCCUACAAACAGGUGAAACUGGGUGAAGAUGCCCCCAAUUCCAGCGUGGUGCACGUGUCUAACCCUGAAGGAGGUGACGGUAGUGAAAGUGGUACCCAGGAGAAGACACGUGAUGGGGCCGAGUGCCAUCUUCUUGACUUUGCUCAUGCCGAUCGCCCACUAGUGGUCAACUUCGGUUCCGCCACUUGACCGCCCUUCACCAGCCAGCUGCCAGCCUUCCGCAAACUGGUGGAAGAGUUCUCCUCGGUGGCUGACUUCCUGCUAGUCUACAUCGACGAGGCCCACCCUUCCGAUGGGUGGGCGGUGCCCGGGGACUCCUCUUUGUCUUUUGAGGUGAAGAAACAUCGGAACUUGCAAGAUCGAUGCGCAGCAGCCCACCAGCUUCUGGAGCGUUUCUCCUUGCCGCCCCAGUGUCGGGUUGUGGCUGACCGUAUGGACAAUAACGCCAAUGUAGCUUAUGGGGUAGCCUUUGAACGCGUGUGCAUUGUGCAGAGACAAAAAAUUGCUUAUCUAGGAGGAAAGGGCCCAUUCUGCUACAACCUUCAAGAAGUCCGGCGUUGGCUAGAGAAGAAUUUCAGCAAGAGAUGAAUUCUAGAUUAGCUGGUUCAAGGUAUGAUUGUAAUAGAAUUUUUUUUUAAAAAAAAAAAUAUGUAAAGGAAAGGAAACUGAGAACGGCAUCUGCUAUUUCAACUGAAUCCGAUUGCCUUACACAAAGGCAGGAAUUUACCUGUCAGAAGAACAUAGACCUCUAACAGCUCAAUACUUGGUUCCCUGAUUAGUAGCCCUGUUACCUCUCUUCUUAGUGAAAAGCCCUGAGUGAAAAGAUCCAAGUUGGAUCUGAGUCCCUGUGUGUCCAUUCUUCCUUGAGAGAGAAGCAACACUGCUCAUCUAUGCAUUGGGACCAGAGGAAGAGUUACCUGAAUAAUGACUAUGUUAGGGAAACUACCAUCCCAGUUAUGAUUAAGUGUAUUGCCUUAAGAGUUUAGACAGCAUGGAUAGAUCCCAAUUGGAAAAUUUCCAGGUACUUAACAUAAUAAAGCAUCCUUGAACCCAGGCCAUGUGGUGAGGCCCAUGUGGUGUUCAGUAUGUUAGAAUCUAGUUGUAGAAUGCUUUGGGCCAGUCACCAUAGCCUAGAAUUACCAGUUGUAUUUGCACAUACCUCAACCUUGAGGGUUGGAAUGAUCAUCUGAAAUCUGGCAAAUGUAGAAAGAACUAGAAGGAAGUGAAAUCAACAAAGUAAGCAAAAAGGGGCAGAAAGAUUAGAACAUGCCAUAGUAUUUCACCUUGUAGAACAUGAGACUAACACGUUAACCACAGACACAUAGAAACAUGCAUAUAACUGGACAAAGAAAAUGCUCAGCUAAAAAAUGGUAUAGAGAAAAAUCCAUCUGAAAGC